AUGGCGGGAACCAUGGAAGAUCAACUGCUGCAGUUACUAGCAGACACGCAUCUCCCCGCCGAGGGACCCCGCAAGCAGGCCGAGCUACACCUGCAGCAAGCACAGAGCAACCCGGCGUUCCCUAGCAGCCUCGCUGCCAUUGCCAGCCAUAACUCUGUGAGCACGGAUAUCCGCCAGAGCGCGCUGGUGGCGCUCAGAGGCUUCGUCGAGAAGAAUUGGAGUGGGGAGAAUGACGAUGGCCCAACUGUCCCCAUCGCUGAGCCUACGAGGGAGCAGUUGCGCGGUCAGCUUCUGCAGCUCGCUAUCAGUGACGAUGCGGACCGCAAGAUCAAGAGCGCAGCGAGCUACGUCGUUAGCAAGAUUGCCAAUAUCGACUUUCCUGACCAGUGGCCGAACCUCCUCCCUGCCAUCCUCCAGGUUAUUCCCAAUGCCUCCGAUGCCCAGUUACAUGGUGCCCUGAAGGUGCUGUCGGACCUCGUGGACGACUGCUUGAGCGAGGACCAGUUCUUCUCGGUGGCGCACGAUAUUGUCAAGGUCGUCUAUGACGUGGCUGUCAACGAGAACCGGAAGCCGAUUCUACGGGCCCUGGCAGUAUCAGUGUUCCGUGGCUGCUUUGACAUAAUGGAUAUGGUGAAGGAUGAGCACGGACCAGAAGUCAAAGGAUUCGCAGAUGGAGCCCUGAAAGCGUGGUCGCCGUUCUUCAUGGAUGUUAUGAAGAAGACCUUACCUGAGCGGCCUCAGGGGAGCGAUGAGGGCUACGAGAGUGGUAGAGAUGACCGAUCAGAAAUGUGGAGAGGGAUCAUUGCGUUGAAGUUGCAGGUUGUCAAGACCCUGAUGAAAAUUCGAUCAGUGUUUCCCCAGCUGCUACUGCCACAGAGCCCUGCGCUGUUCACUGUGACAUGGGAGGAAUUGUCAAUAAUUCAACAGCCAUACAAGGAUAUGUAUAUCGACAAUGAUGAACAAGGACGGCUCGAGGAUGCAGAUGGCCUGCCCUAUACACUGGACUUCUUGGUUCUAGAGGAGCUUGACUUCCUGCAGUCAUGUCUAAGAGCCCCUCCUGUUCAGAAGGAACUGGAAGCACAGAUACAAGCACACGGUGCAGUUUCUGCAACACCUUUCGUUAUGGACGUCAUGAAAUUAGCAGUCGGCUAUGCACAAAUCCCUAAGGAGGAAGAAGACUUAUGGGACAUCGAUGUCAAUCUUUUCUUGGCCGAGGAAACGUCCGUUACAGCCAACUAUACUGCUCGCACUGCUUGUGGUGAUUUGCUCAUCAAGCUAGGCGAGUGGCUACAUCAGGGCGCUCUAGAAGGUCUGCUGGCAUACACUCAGGCUCUUUUUGCUUCGGAAGGUGCUUCAUGGAGAACACGAGAAGCAUCGCUGUUCCUUGUGACCCAGCUCAUGAACGACUUUAUGGACGUAGACAAGAAGGUGGCUCCUGAAAUCGCAGGUUCAUACAUGGCUUUGAUCGAUUACGCCAUCAACCGAGCAGAGGAGCCACUUCUUCGAGCCCGCGGCUACUUGGUUGCUGGCAUCCUCGUUCAGAGCAUUCCAGAUGUUGCUCUUGCCUUGCUCGACCGUACGAUCAAAGCAGUCAACGCCGACGAGGCUGAGGUGGUCAAAGUUUCCUGCAUCAAAGCCCUUCAAGGAUUUAUCAAAGCAAACGCAGUGCCAGCUGAUAGGCAAAUUGCCAUUGUGGCCUCGAUAUCAGAGUUCCUUUACGCUAAAGACCUGACAGACCUUGAAGAUGCGGAUGAUCUUCUUGUUACUUUGGUUGAGUCGUUGAGGGCAGCGAUUGGUAUGGACCCAAGGAUCACCAUUUCGGGUGAUGGUGGGGCGCUGGACCUUCUCUUCGUUCUUGCAAAACACGGUGCAGCCAAUUUCCAGCUGACCAUGAUGGUUAGUGAGGCUUUUGAGGACAUUGUUGAAGCUCUUGCUGGCAGAGAAACAUACACGGCUCUGUGUGAAAAGGUUCUACCAUCAUUGACUGGUGCAUUUGAUGUUGGAAACAUCACUGAAGAUGAUCCUUUAAUUGAGCUUGCUACGGAACUACUAGCAACUCUUACUGAGAACGGUUCUGAGCCACUUCCUCCGGGAUACGUUGCAGCCACCUUGCCAAAGUUGAACCGUCUGCUGAUGGCUACGACCGAAGGAGGAAUUCUUCGACCCGGUGUUGAAGCCGUUAAAUUCAUGUUGAUGCACGACCAUCAGCAAGUCUUUGCCUGGCAUGAUGAGGCUAACAGAUCUGGUCUCGAGGUAUGUUUGGUCAUCAUAGAUCGAUUGCUUGGUCCUGCCAUGGAGGACAAUGCGGCUUCAGAGGUCGGUGGCCUUGCUGCCGAAUUGGUUGAGAAGGCCGGCCAGGAGCGCCUUGGUCCUUAUUUGGAGCAGUUAUUAAGGGCAGUUGCUUCCCGUCUCGUCACUGCCGAAGCUGCACCCUUUAUCCAAUCAUUAAUCUUGGUCUUUGCUCGCCUGUCCCUAGUCGGUGCCCAAGACGUUGUAGAGUUCUUGAGCCGAAUCGAGCUCAAUGGACAAAGUGGUUUACAAGUUGUCCUCAGCAAAUGGCUUGAGCAUUCUAUUAAUUUUGCAGGAUAUGAUGAGAUUCGACAGAAUGUCAUCGCCUUAUCUAAAAUUUAUGCUCUAAAUGAUCCACGAGUUGUGCAAACAAUGGUCAAGGGCGAUCUGAUCAUCCCUGUCAGCGAUCGAAUUAUGACAAGAUCAAAAGCCAAACAAAACCCCGACCAAUACACAAUUAUCCCCGCUCCCUUAAAGAUCAUCAAGGUGCUCAUCGAAGAGCUUCUGUCUGCCUCCGGAAUUCAGAACGCCAGCCAAGCCGCUGCUGCUGCAGAAUUCGCGGAUGAUGAAGGCGAUGAUGAUGGCUGGGAAGACGUUCCCAAUAUCCUGGAUCUCGGUCUAGGUACCACCAAAGCCCAGCUCAUGGCAUACGGCGAUGGAUCUUCAAACUUCAUCAGACAACGUGACGAUGAGACCCAGGCCUAUUUAACCGACUUCUUCAUCAAGGCUGCAAGUGAGAACACUGCGGGCUUCAAUGAGCUAUAUGGCGCGUUGACGGAUGAGGAGAAGUUGAAGCUGAAUGAGCUUGCUCAUCAGCCGUAA